AUGAGCAACAAAUUCUCAUUUCAAAACACCCGCGCUCUCUUAUUUUGUUCAAUUAAAGCACUUAAGAAGAUUAGUUUGCUCAUUUACCUUAUGAUUGUGGUAUUUUUUAUUUUUUGGGGUGUAGGUGUGGUAGUGGUAUUUUUUGUUCCGACCAGUCUAAGAGGCUCAUUAAAUCACAAUUUUAAAACCAGACACAGCGACUUUGUUGAGUCUAAUCUGUCAUUCACCAAUAAAUGGGGUAAAGAACACUCUAGAAUAUUUUUGCAUCAUUUAAACGCCGGUAGAAAUGAUUCUGUGCAAUUCAGACAGCAUCGAUUGAUGUCUCAGUGGAUAUUUCUCCAUGCCACAUCACUGAUUAAUGGGAAAUUUUCCACGGUGUUUAGCAAAUGCAAUACAAUAUACAAACCUUUCCUUAUUCAUCCAAUCAUUCAUUUCUCCACUGACUCAUUCAUUUAUUCUAUUUCAUUUCAUUUACUCAUUAUAUUCCACUCCAUUCAUUCACUUCUUUAUUAA